AUGAAGAAGCAAAUAGAAAGAAACUGAGCACAGAGCUUGAAUCAGCCAAUAUGGAAUCUGUGAAGCUGAAGGAGAGGAUCAGGUUAUUAGAAGAAGAAGUGGAGCACUUGCAAUCUCAGCUGAGUUCAGCUAAUUUUGAAGUCAGGCAACUGCAUGACGAGGCAAGGUCGCUGGAAAGAAUUAUUGAUGAAGAAAGAGCGUCAUUAACAGAAUUUAAAGCUGAAGCAGAAGCUACAAUGGUGGCAAAGAAGAUUGAAGUGGAGGAUCUGUAUAAGAAGGCAAACUUACUGGAAAGGAAAGUGGAAGAGGAGAGAGCAAUUUCUGCAGGAUUAGCAGCAAGCAGAGAAGAAAUGGAGACUCAGCUGGAGUCAGCACAUUUGGAAGUUAAGAGGCUGCAAGACAUGGUGUCAUCAUUGCGUCAGGAAGUAGAUGAAGAGAAGCCAAUUUUUCUGCAAAUGUCCACAAAGAAGCAAGAAGACAAGAUUAUGUUGAGAAAGGAGAGGGAUUUUGUUAUGUCUUCUGAAAUGUUUGUUGCCUGCCAAAAGACUAUAGAUUCGAUUAGCCAGCAGCUGAAAUCAUUAAGUAAUUUUGAGAAUUUAAUGAUAGAAUCUGAGGGUGUGGGGUGUCAUCUUCAAUACUGAAUAUUGGGGGUGAAAGACUAUCACAUGGAUGCACCAAAAUUAGUAGGAGCUGUGUACAUAAGGUUUUUUUCUCUUCUCCUUAAGCUUGUGCUUAAACUUCCAUAUCUGUAGCAAGAAA